CCGCAGCCUUGCCCGCUUGCCAGGGCGCUGCGCAUUUGCCAGCCAGUCCGCCCGUCCGGAGCCCGGCUCGCUGGGGCAGCAUGGCGGGGUCGCCGCUGCUCUGCGGGCCGCGGGCCGGGGGCGUCGGUCUUUUGGUGCUGUUGCUGUUGGGUUUACUCCGGCCGCUCCCAGCGCUUUGCGCGCGGCCGGUAAAGGAGCCCCGCGGCCUGGGAGCAGCCUUGCAGCCCAUGGUUGAGGCUGGCGUUUCCCGCCGCUUCCGGCGAGCAGCGCCCCGGGGAGAGGCGGCGGGGCCGGUGCAGGAGCUGGCGCGGGCGCUGGCGCACCUGCUGGAGGCCGAACGGCAGGAGCGGGCGCGCGCCGAGGCCCAGGAGGCCGAGGAUCAGCAGGCGCGCGUCCUGGCGCAGCUGCUACGCGCCUGGAGCACACCCCGCACCAACGACCCGGCCCUGGGCCUGGAGGACGACCCCGAUGCGCCGGCCGCGCAGCUCGCUCGUGCCCUGCUCCGCGCCCGCCUCGACCCCGCCGCUCUCGCAGCCCAACUUGUUCCCGCCCCUGCCCCAGCCGCUGCGCCCAGACCCAGGCCCCCUGUCUAUGAUGAUGGCCCCACUGGCUCAGAUGCCGAGGACGCCGGUGACGAGACGCCCGACGUGGACCCUGAGCUGCUGAGGUACUUGUUGGGGCGGAUCCUCGCGGGAAGCGCCGACACCGAGGCUGUCGCUGCCCCGCGCCGCAUCCGCCGCGCCACAGACCAGGAUCUGAGCCCCGAGGGGCCCCCUGAGGGCGUGCUGGGGGCCCUGCUGCGUGUGAAGCGCCUGGAUUCCCCUGCGCCCCAGGCGCCGGGGCGCCGGCUCUUGCCGCCUCUCGCCGCCUGAAUCCCGCCCGGCCCCCGGUACACCGCCAGCUCUCCGCCAGCACGUUGAGAGCCGCUUACCCCGCCAGCCUCAGUUGCUGCCCUCAAACCCCAAGAUCCCCACCCCUGGCCCCACAAUAAAUACGGUCUGAAAGCA